AUGUCCAAGAAGCCGACCGGCAUCUCCGAGUGGGCGGGUGCCCCUCCCGCCUCCGAGGGCGGAUUCGCCUUUGCCCACGGCGAGUUCUUCGCAGAGGCCACGGGUCAGAACCGCCAUCGCCGCGCCACCAUCCCCGAGCUGAAGGAGCAGAUCGCGUCCGGCACUGACAAGGACCGUCCCGCCCACUGGUUCGAGGCCCAGCUCCUCCACUACGGCCUCAAGCCGUCAAAGACAAAGUCGGUGGCCCGGAUGCGUCUGCUCGACGCCGUCAAUGGCAGCGACCUGGCCGUCCCGGACCACAUCUCCAAGCUGGAGAAGAAGCUCAGGACCGCAUGGACCAAAAGCGAGAGGGAAGCGAAGAAGCAAGCCACUGCCCCGACUGCGAGUAAAGGCACUGCUAGCACAGCUAAAGCUACGGGGGGAGCGAAGAGAAAGGCAGAGCCUGAGAAGGCAACCCCACGAAAGAAACCUGCGGCAAGCCAGCCUGCUGCGAGCAAGCCGAAGCCCGCUCCCGCUAAGUCAAAUGAGCCUACUCCGAACAAGCCUCGAGCGAAGCAGACUGCCGGGCGUGGCGGUACUGCUGCAAGCGGACCAAGUCGAGGCUCUCCUAUUACCACUGCAUCGCCAGCAUCUGCCAUGCCAAGACAGACAGCCCGGGCCCGUCGCGGUGGUGUUGCUGCAAGCGGACCAAGCCGAAGCGCUCCGAUUGCAUCGGCAUCGCAGGCAUCCCCCAUGCCAAGGCAGACGGCCCGUCGUGGCGGAUCUCGCGCGACUGCUAGAAACCCGGCUUCCCAAUCGAAAGGCUUUCCUUCCCGCGCGAUUGAGCUCUCGAGCGACGAUGACGAUCCCCCACCACCGUACACCAUGGUCCAAGAUAAUAAGCUCGCCCCCCUGGGACUGCUGAACGGAUAUUACCACCUUCGCAGCAAUUAUGUAACAGGGCAAUGGCCCCAUCUCGGUUCCGAGUUUGACUUGACCCUCACGAUAAAUGGCAGGCAGCUCUGGGGCCAGUUUGAUCUGGGCGUCAUUGAAGGGGUCAUGUUUUUCUCCGAGCGACCCUGGGCUUCGUCUGACGAGGGUGUAUCGUUCACCUGGCGUGGCCGCGAGAACGAGGGACCCAUAUUCUAUGGCGGCAGCAAUAAAGGCGAGAUUCGGUUUUUGGGCGGUGGUAUCAUCGAGGGUCGGUUCGACUAUCAGAGCAUUAAAUUCCACGGUCGCAGGGUGCCCGAUCAGGGAACAAAGAGCCCUGUUAGCGUGGCCAUUAUGGAGCGAGAAUGGGAUGAUUAUAAUGAGGAUCACACCUACACCGGCUAUACCCAGUUUGAAAUCGUGAGGUCUCGGACUUUGGGUGGCCUGGCUUCGGGGGAGUCCAGAGUCAUCUGGACUGACACGAACACUACAAGAAAUGCCAACAUGUGGGCUCCCGAAAUCCACCACAUCGACAACACCUGGUACUACUUCUACUCCAGCUGCGACGCAUCCCAGACCUGCUGCGAUAGCUGCCAGACAAGAGUCCUCAAAGGCUGCGACGGGCCCAACCCAUACGACUGCGAUUACGAGUUUCUCGCCACGCUCGUCCCACCGGAGGGAUCCAGAGGUAGCUCCAGCAACCUUGCCUUUAGCAUCGACGGCUCGUAUCUGGAAAUACCAGGCAAGGGGAGAUACCAUGUCCUUAGCAUCGUGGACGAGAAAAGACUUCAGUCCAUCGCCAUCACCGAGCUGAACACGACCGACUGGACCGUGGAUGCCUGGCAUAUCAUUUCGCAACCUGAUCAGGAAUGGGAACAGCACUACAAGGGAAACGGUGCAGUUAACGAAGCACCCCAUCCUUUGUAUCACGGGGACGACAUCUGGCUUGCCUACUCCGGAUCGGACUGCUCGACCGCAUUUUACGCCUUGGGUCUUCUUUACUACAACGGCGGCGAUCCCCUUCAGGCCUCGUCAUGGGAGAAGUCUGGCCCAGUCCUGUCUCAGGCUAACGGAAACUACGGAACUGGACACAACAGCUUCUUCAAAUCUCCCGAUGGGAAAGAAAUCUGGAAUGCCUUCCAUGCCACGGCCAACUCGGACGGAGACUGCGGAAGGACGCGAUACACGAUGGCGCAAAAGGUCACGUUCGACGAGAACAAUGUGCCAAAUUUUGGCAUCCCGCAGCCUCUUGGUGCAGAGCUCGACCCUCCCAGCGGCGAGUGCCAGUCUCGAAAGAGAUAG